UCUCGCCCACGGUACUUGACAUGUGGCAGCGACCACCGCCCGUGGCCGCGUCGUCGCGGGCGUCCCUUGUCGCGAGCGCGCGCUUGGCCCGCGAAGAGCGCGAGCGCGUCCGUCAUGAAGAAGCCUGCGCGCGCUUAUUGCAGCGCGUGCUGCAUGGGCGGCUCGUGGCCCUACGCCUUGCGCGAUCGCGGGCCGCGACCUUUGACAAGCAGAGCGCCGACCUCCUUACGCUCUUGCAGCUCGGCAUCCCGCUGCCGCUUGUCGCCAUCUUGCCGACCGUGCGCCUCGGUUUGUCGAUCUUUCCGCGCGUCGUUGGCCGUCCGAUCUCAGUCGAGCAGCGCGGCCGUCUCUUGCAGAUCGUCCAGUUGCUGCAGACGCACUUGGUGCAGCCCAACACACCAGGUCUGCACGCGAUCUGCGCGCACUAUCCAUCGCUCUUUGGGUCCGUGGGCCAGCCCAUCUAUGUCUUCGAUCGCCUCUUGCAGCUCGUGCUGUACAAGUUGCACAUCUGGCACGUCCGCGAGCCGCUCGACUGGAAGCGCCGAUCGCCGCUCGUCGACUACCUUCUGCUCUUGCUCCAGCGCCUCGAAGCACCGGCGUGCAGCGACACGUGCGUCUUGUCGGCGAUCCAGAAAGCGUCGUUUGCACGCAUCCAAGCGUCGCACUUGUACGUCGUCGCGGGCCAGCAGAUCCACACGGUCGUGCAGCACGCCAGAUUGGACACGAUUAACAAUACGAUUCUGCCGUGCGACGAGGCGGCGUACGCGGCAAAGCUCUUCCAAAUCUGCAUGCACAAGCUCGUGUACAAGCAGCUCAAGGAACCCGACUCGUGCUACGAGUCGUACUUGAGCAUGGUCCACAACCUCCUUCUGCAUGUUCCAGACAUGGUCACGCGCAUGGGCCACUACGUGACACCGAUCCUCAUUGAGUUUCAAGCGCUCUCGCCGAAUGCGAUCAACUGGAAGUUUGUGGCCACGAUCCUGCGCCAAGCGGUGCAUCCCGAAGCCGAUGGCUCAAACUAUGUGCUCGAUGGCACACUCAUGUCGCCCGGCUUUGAACAGGCCAUGUACGCCAACCUUGUUGCACACCCGCACGGCGCCGUGUCGUCGGCCGACGCGCUCAUCGGUGCGAUCAACUGCUACAGCAUGGCGAUCCAGUCCGAGUUCAUCGAGUGCUGUCGCCGCAUUGAAGCGAGCGACGACGACGACAAGGUCGCACUGUACGGUAUCUUUGACGACGUGCUUCGACUCGUCAAGUGCUUCUCGGGGCGGGCGUGGUGUUACUGCGAAGAGGGCCGCGUCGCACUCGCGAGCGACGACAUUGAACGCGCCACGAUGUUGCUCAAGCACAUGCAGACGCUGCCACCAGACUCGCCGCCUUGCGUGCGCAAGGACGUCCAGCGCCUCCAGAUCGACUGCUUCCUCGUCCACGCACGCGUCCAAGAGGCGCUCGGGCAGCUCCAAGGUGCCCACGACAACCUCACACUCGUGCUCAAGCUUGGCUCUAAAUUGCUCGGUGUCGCUGCGUGGAAGCAAACCAAGCUCAAGCAAGUCGCACUGGCCGAGUCAUUGCAGCAGCUGCGGCCAAAGAAACACUCGGAUUGCGCGUCGCAUAGCCCUGCCGUCCAUGAUGACCUGAGCCAUAACAACGAGCGUAGCAACGACGAUGCGCCACCGACGCAAGUCGUCUCGCAGCGGAAAAAGUCCCGCAAAAAGAAGCCGAAACCGGAGCUCGAAGGCAAGGAGAAGGCGCCAUCCAUCUACGCGCGUCUCCUGAGCGAACCCCGCGAACCGGCGCCGCAUGGCCCGUCGCAUGAGGAACUUGUCGCCGAGCACAAGGCCGUGACAGAGCGUAUCUAUGAACACGAGUCGGCGGCGAUCACAGCGCGGGUGGCGGCCGUGACGCUUGCCAGGCAAGGUGCCAGCGCGCCGGUAGCCACGCCACCGGCUCCACGCCCGCCGGCUCCACGCCCGCCGGCUCCAUCCGUGCCUCCGCCACUGCCCUCGGUGCCACCGCCGCCGCUGCCACCACCGGCGUGUGCACCGCCUCUGCCGACGACCCCACCACCGCCGCUGCCGCCACUGGCCUUUGAGAAUGUGCCACAUGCGCAGCCCGCGCUCGAAGACAAGAUGGCGGUUGCCACAAAGCGGCUGCGGUCCCUCGACUGCCUCCUCGACGGUGCCAACAUUGGCUACUUUCAUGGCCGCAAUCUGGGCCGUUUGAAGCGCAAGCAGAAGCGGUUCUCGGCGCGCGGCCUCGCGCUUGCGCUGAGCUACUACAACAAGGCGAGCACGCGGGCGAUUGCGUUCUUGCCGCAGCGGUUUGUGGAGAGCCGCCACGAUGGCAACCUCGCCGACGACGUUGAUGUGCUCUUUGAUCUCAUGGCGAAGCAAGUGCUUUUUCUGACCCCUGCCGGCGUCGACGACGACUUGUUUCUGCUCAAGUACGCGGAGCGGCACAAUCUGAGCAUCAUCACCAACGACAACCUCCUCGACCACAUUGAGAACGUCCAGCUCAAGCAGUCGCUCCUGCCCGUUGUCUUUGAGCGGACCGUCAAGUACAUGUUUAUCGAGGAUGAAUUUUUGCCUCUGAAUUAA